AAGUCUCCUUUAAGACGUUCUAGAUCCAGAUAGAUUUAGGCCUAUCUAAUCAAGAUCUAGGCUUCUAAGAAUCAAUUCAAGUAACACUUCAUUGAGUCUGGAUUGAGUCCAUAUAAUAUAAUAUUAAUAAGAAUAAUUCGAUAAUAAUAAUAAUACUUAACUUAAUAAAAGACAAAAGUUAAUUAAUACUAAGUGACACUAAGUCGAACUUCUAAGUACUCUAAGUGACAGUCACAGUGAGUCUGAGUGAGUAAGUCACGUAAGUCGGACGGUGCUGGCUUUAAAAUGCCUACAACUACCUUGGGUGAAAUCUUUACAUUAAGUCUUGAUGUGGCAACAGCAGAAAACAUAUUUGCAUUUUACAUUGGUGCUCUUUUGCUACUUGCAUACUUUCUAUCAAUAACAGUUUCAUCUCUGCAUAUUCGUUCAGAUUCUGUAGUAUAUCCUUUGUCUAGGCCACAAGUUGGUACUUAUUUUACUGAGUAUAUAAUUAAAGUAAAAACUUCCUUAAGGAUGGGCUCUUCAUUUGAUGAAAGGGGAAGGAUUAUUAUACAACUUAUUGGAACCUUUGCUGACUCUGUUCCACUACAUCUCAAACAAGGCAAAGGGAUAGAGUUCUUCCUGGAACGUGGCACAACAAAUAUAUUUGUUUACCAUUCACCAUAUGUUUUAGGAGAUAUUCAAGAAAUUACAAUCACUAUGGUCAAUGAUGCUCCCCAUGAGAUACCAUUUGUUCAGUGGAGGCCAGCUUACAUUGCUGUGAUGCAGCCAGCAACCAGACUUUUGUGGAGUACGAUAGGAAAGAAGAUGAUCUGUUUAGAGAUUAUUCAAGACACCUUCACAUGUGUUCCUGAUAAAAAGGAAAGAUAUGGCUUUGUCAAAGCCCUGUGUUUAUUUGAUAUAUGGAUAUCAAUGAUGCACUCACCUAUAAGAUUUGGAACCUACAGUAAUUUUGUUAAUGUACUGAUGAUAUUUUAUGUGAUAACUGGCUUAUCUGCCCUUAUUUUGUUUUUUGAACUUGGAUUCCAUGUCAAGGUUUUGGCUGAUGUAUCUGAUAUAAUAACUACUGGCAACAGUGGAGUGAUUAUACGCAUUUUUGGGUCAGUUAUUGCUGUUUGGUUGAUAGAAAUCUUUUUGGAAGCUCUCUUCAGAAAUACUGUUCCAAAAUCCAGUGCCCCAAAGUUUAGCAAGUUUCAUGGACUAGUGGAGCCAAUUGAGCCUGUUCAUGGUCUUAAUGACUUCACCAUUGACUAUGAGUGGGAUCAAGUCUGGCCUCUUGUGCCAAAGAAACGAGUGAUUGUGCCAUAUGGCACUCGGCAUGGCAGUGCCCACAGUGUGUUUCCCAUUGCUCCAGUCUACUCCUAUUUCAACUUUUGGGGACUCAUUAGCAGAGAAGAUGAAAGGGAAGGUAAUUGGUUUACCAGGACUUUGAAUUUGUGUGCAUUACCAUUACCUCUGGCAUUAAAAUGGUUGGCUAAAGAAGCUUGGAGUCUAAAGGAAGAGAAGCUGAUCAAACAGUAUCUAGCUGAUUUUCAAGGCCCUAUGUGUUUCUUUUGUGGUUGGCUGCAGGACUGGCCUUUACAUUAUGUGGACAAUCCUCAGCAAGCAGGGCUGGUAUUUAGCCACAUAAUUUGCAGAGAUAUUCUCUCAAUGACUAAACUAACUAAUAAGACCCAACGAGCUAGGUUUGCUCAACUUUGCCUCCAUCAGUGGAAUGGUCUGAUCUGUGGCAUUUUUCUCUAUGUCAUCAAACAAAGCCUGGAAUUAAGAAAUGAGCCUUCCUCUGCUUUAGUAAGUUUCAUACAUAGGCAUAUUAAAAUAUUUGGGAAACGGAGUCCACGUGAAAUUCAAGCAACUUGGAAGAAGCGUCAACUCCGUCUGAGAGAGUUACAGAUGGCUGGCAUACAAAAACGAGCUGAAAUAGAUGAAGUUUAUAAUCCUUCAGUUGGCAGUAACAGAAAUACCAGUGCCAUACAAUCAAAAUCAAAAUUUCCAAUCAGCAUUUUUGUUGGCUUGUGGCAUGUUGUAUGUAGAAGGCCAGCUAUCAUCAAGGAACCUGCUGCGCAGUCAUUGCAAACAGAUUUGCUGGAUGGCAUGGAAUGUGUUGAAGAAGAUGAAAUGUUGUUUGAGGACCUGGACAGAGCCUCUCUCAAUCUUGGUAAAGGGAGCAAAAAAGCCACGGAGUUUAGUCUUCUCAAAGCCAAGGACAUGCCUUCCUUUAGUGUCGAAGGUGAAGGACAUUUUGAUCAAACCUGGGUCUCAAGAACAGACGAUGUUUCUAAAAAAGGAAAGAGAAAUUUGUCUAGAAGAAAACUCUCGGAGCAGUCUGCUUCUUCAAAUUUUAAAGAAUCUCUUCUAGAAGUGAAAUUGAAUUUAGAUGCUAUAGAGGAAAAAGAGGCCUGCUCAAGUUCAAGUAAUGUAUCUGUGGUAGACAGUGACUCAUUACCUGGAUAUAUCACUUCCUCUGAUAGUGAAGUUUUAACUAGUGUUGCUGUGGACACCUCCUAUUCAGCCCUUUUCACAAAUGCCAAUUUUAACGCUAACAGUGAAGAUGACAGUGAAAAAGAUGUGGAUUUACCCUUGGUAAUGGAGAAGACCAAAGCAAGACUGGAGUUGAAAGAAGAGCGUCAAGACAUGGCAGCGGCCAUAUUGGCUCGGAAAGAUCCCCAAGAUCAAAAAGAGCAUAUAACAGCUGGUGCAGAUGUGCAAAGUUUUCCUAUAUCACAAUAUGAAUCUGCAACACUUGGUGUGCCGUAUGAUGAAAAUACUGCUUGCGUCAUAGAUCCUGACAGACCAACUCAUUUUCUGCGACACAGACAUGAAAUAAUUGGCUAUUGCUGCAAAAGUAAAAAAUGUUCUGCAUAUGUUGAAAUUCAUAAAAAGGUUGGGCAUACCUCUCUGGAAGUAUUGAAGAAAAUAAUCCAGGACAUGCUGAAUUUUGCUAUGGACAGUAAAAACAUCACAGACGUGGCCAAACUUUGGAAAAGGAAAAAAAUGGUUCUCCAGGUCUAUGACAUGAUGGAAAAGAAGGCCUUUAUGUAUAGUAACAAAGACUUUCAUGAUAUAUUGCCAAACCAAGAAGAAGGUUUUCUUUGCAAUCAACUAGUGACCUCCAUCCUCACGAUGCUUGAGACACUCAUAGAUAUUGUCCUUGUCAAUAAAGAGGAAUCUUAUCUUGCUCAAAUGGUUAUCAGGCGCAAGAAGUUUGGCGUACGACAAAAGCUUGUACGCCGUUGCCUUUUCUGUGCUCGUCAGGUGAAAGAUGAUACUGAAACUUUAGGUCAAGGCUGUGAUGAGAUGGACAAGCUUGUCAAAUUUUUUUCAAGAGACACCGUCUAUGUGGCAGAAAGGGAAAUCAAUAUAGAGCUGAAGUAUAAAGUGACAGUGCAGAACUACUGCGCCAUGAUGGUGAACGUGGCAAAGAAGGAUGUGAUGAAUGAGCUGGAGGAUCCACCCAUGGUGCUGGCCACCAAGGUGACAAGGGCCAUGAUCUAUAAGCUGCUUAAUGACAUGCUUCCUAAGCACACUAGCUUCAAGGAUAUGACAGCAGAUGAACUCAGGCGGCUUGGAACUAGAAGAGAAAGAAUACAAGCAAGGAAUGACCCCACUGCGAAAUCAAGUAGAAAAGAAACACCAGAAGAGAAAAAAAAGAAACAGAUGAUUCAAACUUUGCUGGAAGACCUCGGCAAUAGAUGGCGAGUGAAUGUGAAGGAGAAUGAACUGAAUCAUUGUUGCAUGCUACUGGCUCAGUGUUUGGUUCAGGAGCGCAUCCUUGGAUUCUCUCUCUAUUCCGGGCUGGUCAGUGAAGAGCAUGAAGAAGUCCUAGACAACAGUCGCUCUCGUCUCGGGGAAGUCGAGAAAAAAGCUUACACUGCCAUUCUCAAAAUUGCCAGGAAAGUGUUGCUCCCUCGAUUGCGGAAGGCUAUUGACUCUUCUCAAGACUUUGAUAUUUUAUUCACUAAGUUUAAAAUGGAAGCGGCCUACACUGCCGAGGUUCUAAAUGUUGUUCAGACAAUGAGUGAACCAGUCUUUAUGAAAACCUGCUGCUUCUAUGUGGAUGAUAUUGUGGAGAUAAAGAUGCAGGAGUUUAAAGAACUUGCAACUUAUAUGAAAUAUAUGGAACCUGCAAAAGACAUUACUGGUCAUUUAAAGUUAAAAAUGAUGAAAGCCAAAUACAAAAUUGAUGAACCUUUUUUUGAACAAAAUGUUCGGUAUAAUUUUUCUUUCUCAUCCCCCAUACUAAGAUGGGGAAAUGUUGCCAUUAAAGGUGUGCCUGCAUUUCCUAAUGAUCUGAAAAAGGAAUCUGACUCUAUAAAGUUUGAUCAGUGGCUACCAAAGAUCAUGCAAGUUGGUGCUAAAGAUGAAAAUUUGGAAAAAAUUACUUCCAGGGUUCUUAAAGCAAGACGGAAACUCAAAGGGUAUCUGGAUCUCAAUGAAGUGGAGAAGAAAAGAAAAUUAGAAGCUCAUCUCGGCAGAGUGCAAGCCAAUUUAAUUGAACAAAUAACCUUAGCCUCACAGAAUAUCUCUGAUACAUACACUCAAGAGACAGACUUUCAAAGAGAAUACCAUAGGGAUGAAUUAUUCAAUGUUGAGUUUUAUGCUACAAGCAAACUGCAGGUUCCAUUUUGUUCCGCCAUGGGAACCAUCUUAAUUUUGCUUGUUGUUCUGUUGACACUGUUGAUGAUGUUUUUUACCACAUUUAAGACCAGUCGCAUGGAGGUGAAGGACGUCCGAAACUGGUUUGUCUACUGCUGCUUGGCAUUUUUAUUACACUCUUUAGUUUUUGAGCCACUCAAGUGUGUAUUUUACCGUAUUUUCAACUGGUAUGUUGACUGAUGCAUCAAUAGCUUGUAUGCUGACUAUUACACUAUUAAGAUUGAAUGUUGACUGAUAUAUCUUAACUUGAAUGUUUACUAAUGCAUUAUUAACUAGUAAGCUGACUUAUAAAUCUUUAACCUGUUUUUUUUUUACUUUUAUUUCUUUAAUUUGUGUGUGAUAAAUCUUUGACUAAGUGUGUUGUAUGUUGACUGCCUGGUACAUUUUUAGCUUUUAUGUUGACUGAUACAUCUUAACUUGUAUGUUUACUUAUGCAUUUCUAACUAGUAAGCUGACUGAGAAAUCUUUAAAUCUGUUUUUUUUACUUUUACUUCUUUAACUUUGACUAAUCUGUGGGUCUGAUAUAUAUAUCGUGUAUGUUUUUGGCUGACUUAUACAUUAAUAGAUAUUAAAUAUUUGACUAAUGUGUGAGUCUGAUAUAUUUUUGACUAAUCUGUGGGUCUGAUACAUCUUUGACUAAUCUGUGGGUCUGAUAUCUUGAUCUUGUAUGUUUUUGGCUGACUUAUACUUUAAUAGAUAUUAAAUAUUGGUAUGUACCUAGAAUUUAUGUUAGAUACAAGUUCUGUAUAUUGUUAGAUUGUGGAUAUCAACAUACGGUGUUAAUUGUUAUACAAGUAUUGUUACAUCAAUCCAAUAGUCCUUGUUUAUAUGAACAAUGUCUGCAGACUUAUUAGUUUGUUGAUUAUUCAGCUAAUUGUUUUCCAGAUGACCAAGUAAUGUUUUCUCUAAGUGAAAUUAAUCUUUUUUUUUCUUGACUAUUAGAAAUGUAAGUUUGAUACUUUUCUUCAAUAAACCUUUUUGAUUUUAAACUAAUUAUCUUGUGUGCAAGUGUGUAUGUUAUGGUUUUAUGGCCUUGUGUAUGGGUAUAUGUGUACACUUUGAUAUGAUUCAUAAUCUUGUGGACUGGUAAGAUUUCUUCUUUCCACUUAAUUUUUUUUCCUAACCAUUCUGAAGAGUCUGGUUGGGAUUGUAGUGCUAAUACAUUCUAGAGACUCAA